AUGGCGCCCCGACGUGAGCACGGCGAGUGGCGCCAGCAAGAGGACUCCCUAUGGUAGAAUAGCGCUGGGAGCAGCCUCCCCCUUUCUGAGUUCUGGGGCUGCUUCGUUGACGGCGGUCGCUGCCGCUGUUGACUAUGUUAGUUGUAGUGUCAGUGUUGGUCCAUUGCUGCUGCCGCUGAUGGUUCCGGUGGUGAUAGUACCCGCGCUUGCCCGUGUCAGGCAAUGCCUAUGCAUGUGCCAGUUUAACAGCGUGUGUAAACAGUUACCGCCCCUAAAGGCGCGCAGUGGCAAAGCGACGCGUUCCUUUUAUCACCGCCGAAUACUGUCCUGACUGUCGCAAACACUUAGCAGGGCAUUGACGUUAGAUAUUGGCGAGACACCAGUAGCGCCAGAUACCGACAUGAAUUGCCAAGGGCCGGCCGAGCAGUGAUGCAACGUGCGGCUGCAUUCGGUGCUUGGAUUAGUUGACCAUAGGGGGUGCGUGCUAUACUGUGCAUUUAUGCGAAACGCCUAAAGACACUGGCACAACUGGACUGACCGUCGUAGAUAGAGCGACAAAGGCGCGUCAACAAGCGACCCCUUUCGACGCUUUGGCGGGUCGAGACACGCUGAGAAGCAGUAUCGUGCAGGUGGUGGCAGCUCGGCACGAAAAACGACGUCUGGUUAUACGCGAACGACGGAAGUGAUAUCGGUGCGAGCUUGGAACAGCUUUCGCGUGCAGGACCCGGUGCCAUGAGACGAGUCGUUUUUUUAUAAUUGUUUUGGCGUUCAACGGCAAGGUCGAAGCAUGUUGUGAGUCGAGACUAGUGCGGGGAUUGCGUGAGGAUCGCUGCCGUUUCUACGUCUUGCUCGCCGUCGUAAAGCUAUCGACGCAACUCUCUCUAAGUGUCCAUCGUAGAGAAUCUAGCGAUUCUGGUGAACCUAACCAAUUUAGGGUUGUUGCGGAUACUUCAACCGCGUGGGAUUGGCAUACCGCACAUCAUUUUAAAAAAGAAACGUGGUCGGAUCCUUGUGUCACCGCUAAUUCAGGUGUCUCCCUAUGGUGCAUGCUGUAGUGGUGUUUUCGGCGAUUCGAAGCGUUGAGAUAUCUUGAUCACUGGGGGAGAAGAGAAACGAGGAGUGUGGUCUGUGUAUACCUUCUUGUUAAUGGAUUUCGGGGACUAGCCUACAAAGUGAGACGCAUACGUCGAAUGUUGUUUUGGUGUCUUCGUGGUAGAUCAGAAGAUCUACUCGACAACUCAGCAUUUUCGAGGUCGCAGAUGCAGUAGCGAAGAGUUGUCGGUUGCCGCACAAAUACUCUCGCAGGCAGGUAGCCUCUAUCGACACGUUACCGAUAAAUAUUAGACGUCUGUCCCAAAGCACACCCGGUCUGUUCCGGCCUGCUGUAAUCGGAACAAUCGCUCAACUUGUGAUCGAUGGUCAUUUUCCCAACAGGCUUUGUUCCAUGUGUCUUCGCUAUUGACAGAAAGUUAUGUCAGCCCUAUUCGAUGACUAGGAAAAACAGUAAUAAUAACAAACGUGCAAAGCACGCCACCGGCACGAAUCCGGUCCCAACAUUGGCUUGAGCUCGCUCAGGUUCUUGACCUCGAUAAAUUUAUCAGAUAAGAGCGAUAUUCUCACUGUCUGCCUGCCUGCUUCUCUAUUGUCUGUGGGUACAUUCGUCCGGUGACAAAGAUCCCACUAACUCGUCGCUCAAGUCGCAAGUCGUUUAUAACGUACGUUCUUACUGCUGUGGCGUCAUUAGACAUUAACGACAAGGAAAAAUAUGCGAUCUACGGUCGUAGCGGAGUUCAAUUCACAAACAUAGCCGCAUUCGUUCUCUGUGCUUGUCCCUCCCCCUUUUUUUAAACAUGCCAGACUUCCGACAUCCGAACAACGGCUAACGUCAUUAAAUAUAGUAGCUCAGAACUGGAGCAAAAAAGAAGUCCAAAACCUAUUCUAUCCAGGUGUCUGGCCGCAUUGCAGUGAAACACCAGCUACGGUUUAUCAGAGCAAGGUCGACUGCAGUGACGAAAGAAGCAUGGGCAAGAGGGCACCUGCCGCAAAGUUAAGUAGCUGUGACUCGCGACGCGCGAGCCAAAGGUGCGUGAACCGGCAUCCAUUGCGAACAGCAGCGCGCGUGCCAUUCCUGCAGAUGCCGUUGUGGCCAGCCUCAUCGUUGCUGGAUGCAGGCCAGUAAUAAGGAUGUUGAUAUUACCGUAAUGAUGUGCCCGUAGGGCUCGUGUACGGAACUUGUCGUGGCUUGCACAAAGCGGUGGACUCUGUUUACGGGCAAAAUAGCUUGGCUUCUCAAGCGUUUGAAACAAAAUUUUUACGCUAUUGUAUCAUUAUAGAAAAGGAAUCUGGAGAGGACGAACAAGCAGAAGGAACCGCAACGCAACGGACAUCGAUGAAAGGAAUAUUUCGUUAAGAUACACGUCAGUGAAGUGGAAGAAGACAUACGCAAGCCAAGUCGAUAUAAACUUGCCUAUGCAGGAGUUCAGUGUUCACUGAAACAAGCUAAGUGUAGUUAGCCCUACCGGAUAUAUCUAAUCGCCUGAAAACGUGCGUCGCGUGCCGUUUGAUGUACAACAAUUCAUUAUUCUCCUGGAUACCAGUAAAUAGAAGAACAGCAAAGAAAGUGAUUUUCAGGUUUACCCAAUCAUCUUCAUAGUUGUUCAAUAUCCCACCACGUACGCAGACGCCGUAAACGCUGCGGGUAAACCCAUUCGCUGCACUGUCUACCUGCAACAAAUAAGCGGACAAACUCGGAAAAAGCAAAGCCAACCAAAGGCUUUCAAGCGAAAGUGCAGAAAUCGGCCCUUACGUUUGAAUCAGAUCUACUUGUGGUUAGACGUCCAGCUGCGUAUAUCAUCGGAUCCAUACGCGUUAAAAUUCACGUUAUUGCAUCGUUGUCACCGUUCAACGUUUGCAUAGUCAUGAUUAAUAACGUGUUGCUAUUGGCCGUGCUGCGAGUACGAGUUCAACGGUUGCGAACAGCGACUUUCUUCAAUAUGGGACUUGUCGUGGCUUUGUUGUGCACACUAUGGCCACGGCACACGAUGGCGGAUCGAAAUAGAUAUUUUCAUAUCUCGACAUUGUGCGUCGGAGAGCGUACAUAUCCACAGUACAAGGUCAUACACGGUGCGGUCCUAUCAUCGGAGAGCGAAAAUGAUCUCGACUGCGUUAUCACUUUUCAAACAGAUUCGAUACUACAAAAAUUUAUGCUUCGAUUUGAAAAGCUCGCGUUGGACUGCAACGAUCACCUCACGAUCUUCGAUGGAGCCCAUGCCAUCAGCAAGAAAAAGGUGGAUCUAUCGUGCCGGAGCACGCGGGCUGAUGUUGGCACGAUCUUCACGCAAAGCAACUACGUGACGCUCAAAUACACAACCGACAGCUAUAGCCAGCAGAAAAAUGGAUUCAAGCUCGUUAUCACUGCCUAUAAGGAUAUGAACAAUCCUAAACACGAGAAGUUGCCUUGCCAACAGUUCUCGUGCGGAGGUCCCCAGCAAUUCUGCAUAUCGCAGGACCUUACCUGCGAUGGAAUCAAUCAUUGCGGGGAUGGAAGCGACGAGGAUGAGCGCGCUCAAUGUAUCGAUGACAGCGGCGGCCAUCAGAUCAUGGGAAUUGGUGUGUCAGUAUUUCUGACUCUACUUCUGAUAGCGUUCACUUUCUGCAUACUGUGUAUUGCUGCCAUUGUGUUCUGUGUAUGUCGUCGAGGGCCACAGGACUACACGCCAUCACAGGUGGCAUUGCAGAACGGCCGCCCUCUAAUGAAUGGCCCCAACGGGAUGAUGGGGCCCCCAGGUCUCCAGAAUAAUACGAUCACUCCAUUUGGAACGUUUCCCGGCAAAGCGCCUGGGGAUGAACUAGGUCUCGGAGGUCUUCAGCCAGGCUCGCAUUCGACAUUCCCACUUCGAACACCGCUCAAUCCGAACGGGAAACCCGUUAACCAAUCUGCGUCUGGAGAGAAUUGGCUCGUUUAACCAAGCACAAUUAAAAGAACUAAUAAUAGUCACUAUAUAUCAUGACGUCUUGAAUAAAGACGACACGAAAAAACGAGAACUACACAGCUAACCGCGCGUUAAAGUAUCGGAAAUUUUGAUUCAGCAAUGGGAGACACGCUCCGUUACACGUAUACACAGAUUUGUACGAAAUGACAUUGAUGACAAAACAUUAGUCCGCAUAACUACGAGGUACCCAAUGGACAAUUGCUUGCUGAUCUCUCAGCUAUGCUGUUUAUUUUCCUAUAAUGAAAAAGAACGCUUGUAAUCAAUGAUUUGAUAACUAUUAAAUUACUCGCGUGAAGAUAGUGGGAUGUUGCAACGGAACUAAUGUCAACAAGAGGCGGCCCACAGGUUCCUCUCUUGGCCUUUUGUCUAAAUGUCUAGGUCAUACGCGGCAUAUCAACGUGAAGUUCCUAUUUAGUAGUUGCUAUAGGGCAAAUUGCAUCAGGGCAAAAUUGUCAAGUAAUAUCCAGUUGAUGGAUCCAAGACCAAACCCGCCGGUGAACUCUUAAGCCAUAACCCACUGCCCCCACCCAUUGGCUCGGCCGUUCGAACGGGUCCCUGUGAUGGCUUAGUCGAUAACGUAUUUGCCUGCUAAUCUUAGGGACACGUUGUGGUCUAGGUUUGAACCCGGGCAUAGACUCAAUUCGCUUCCUUGCUUGGCUUCCAUAAUAUUCGAAGCGUAGAGAGCUGUUCAAACGGACUCGGAAGUUUUUCUCAGUCAUAAGAACAAAGAUAAUUGUGCUUUAUGUUUGCUCACAUCCUACAUAGAAGUAGGUGUGGCACUGUUUGGUUGUCCUUACAAGUUAGUUAAGAAUGAUAAAAACAAAACGCACUCAUUUUAAUGUGUGUUUCCCUUUCAUCGUCUUUAUCUAGUUUUGGUGAAAGAGACAUGUCAAAAUAAUAAAACUCCAUGUAUUAUGACAUACACAUUGGUCAUGUGUAUGAAGCGACUGCAGACUUCAAACGGCUUUGACAACUGAAUCGAGGCAAGGAGGAUUGAUAAUAAUGGUUUGUUGAUUGAGAAUUAACAAUUAUCCUUCAAGCCAUGAUCUAAUUUCCAGAUUUACUGAAUAGUCUUUGCCCACGUUGUCGCAUAAACAUUUUGCAGUAUAGAAAACGUACAAAUAUCAAAAAAAAAA